GUGAGUGUUGUUCCCUUCCCUUUAUAAACCAGAGAACCUGCAGUGCAGUGCAGGCAGAGUACUCCGUCUGAUCUCGGUGAUCUGUCUCCACGACAAGGAGUGCACUGUCAGCUCUAGCUUGCUGCAGAACAAGGGCAAGAUGGCAAGAGGUGGUCGGCUACUGAUCCUCUCCCUGGGGCUUGUGCUCCUCUACUUCGUCUCAGGAAGUGUUGCUGCUGCUGCUGCACAGAAAACGUGGUGCGUUGCCAAGCCGUCGGCGUCCAACGAUAUCCUGUCUCUGAACCUCAACUACGCGUGCUCCCAGGUGAGCUGCGGCGUGAUCCAGAAGGGCGGGCCGUGCUACUACCCGGACAACCUGGUGUCGCGCGCCGCCGUCGCCAUGAACCUCUACUAUGCCGCCAAUGGCAGGCACCCCUGGAACUGCUACUUCAACAACUCGGCGCUCGUGGUGCAGUCCGAUCCCAGCUAUGGAUCCUGCACCUACUACUGAUGUCUGUCUGAUGCUCUUUUGUAGCAGAGAUCGGUCGAUGAAAGGAAAUAUAAUCCCUGUGUAUGCUGUGCUGUGUUGUGUCUAGAGAUGACAAUAGGGACCUGAUUCCCCCGUGGGGAAUUUCCUAUUGCUAUCCCUAGUUGCGUCCUAGUAGAAGUGUCUCUUGUUCCAUCCAGUUGAUAUGCAUGAUAACAUUUGGAGAUGCAUGCAUGUGAUUUUGUAUUCGAGGAUAUGGUGUGAUCGCAAAUGAACAAAGUGAUGCAAGGCAGCAAUCAUUCA